AUGGGUCCAUCAUUGAACAACCACUCGUCGUUUGUUCGACCACGCACAUCCGAACGCGAAGGUCGUCCGAUGACCAGAGAUCAAACGGAUCAGAACCUCAUCAUUCCUAGCAGGACCUCCUCCUUACAUUCGCGCAUCACACAGCCUAUUCCUUCGACUUUGAACGUCAAGCCGCAACAGCGAACGCCUAAAACGCUUACACAUGCGUACAUGGUAUGUGGUGUUGGUCGAGAACCGUCGCAAUGGGUCAAGGCUCCAGCACCAUCACAGGGAAAGAUCGGACACAUGAAGGGUGCUGUUGGACAAUUUUGGUUGCCGGAGAUUCUUGGUAGCAGUCCAAGACUGGAGCAGGAUAACGAGAUUGCGAGAGCUUUACACGCUGCAAUGAGAGCAUGCUUUCCUCAUGAUGUAGAGAUUUGCACUGGGCGCACUCAACCGCACUGUGUGCACCAUUCUUUCGUUCUUCAACAGGAUUCCAGCCAUACUCUUUAUGGUAUUGCUCUGAGGGUCUGGUCGAGAGCAGAUGACAAGCGUGCCGAGACGAUCCGUGAUUUAAGACGACGAACCGAAUCCGACUUUUAUGAUUCAGCGGACGAGACUUACUGGAUCCCAUACUGCUUAUCCUUCUUGUCAAGAUACCCGUUGUACAACCUUCUAGGGGAUUAUCUCCGGGGCAUGUGGAUUCACUGGAACAAAGCGACCAACCUCUUCCAUGCAGAGGAAGUAUCGCGCAUCUUGAGCUUCCCAGCUCCAAGACUAAAUGAUCUUGUACGGAUCGAUAUGAAGGAUUACGCACUCUGCUAUCAAUUCCCUUCUUCUCCGACUGGCUUCCAGAACUUCGCCAUGUGGCCAUUGUUUUCUUGCUUGUCGAUUCCCAACAUAGUUGGUGUGAUUGAAGCAGCUCUAUCUCCAACCCGCCGUAUCAUCUUUGUCAGUCACUACCCAGCCAUGUUGACGGUAGCCGCCGAGACUAUACGGUAUUGUGUACGAGUUUACGAGUGGAGUGGUCUUUAUGUACCAGUUGUUCAUGCUAGACAUGCCAAGGAGCUCGUCCAAGAGCCCGGUCCGUAUAUUCUCGGUAUCACUGCAGAGUGCCGUACACUGUUCACAGCACCAACUGAUGCUUUGGUCGUGGAUCUUGAUCGUAACUUCGUGCUCACCUCAAGCCCACCUACUGCGCUCAGCGCCGGCCAGCGCACCAAGAUGGUCAACCGUAUUACACAAGCGCUUAAUGGUGACGUGACACCAUCCGGUGUUCCUCAGCAUCUUCGAUCGGCUUACGGAGGUGGAAAGCUCGUUCCCGCUGGUCAAAUCAUAGUGAUGCGUGGUGAGGUUGAGUCUAUUCAAGACCCUGAGUGGUGGAAUCAAGAUUCUGUCAUGUCUGUCAUGGAUCACGUUUGCGAGAAGAUGGGCCGAAAUACUGGCAUGAAAGCUGUCUUUGGUGGUGCCGUCAAGAAGCCCUUGAUGACCAAGGUUUCAAUGAGGCACUUGAAUGAGAUUGUCCGAGAACGAAACCAAUACUCCAGAGAUGCUCUUGAGGCUUGGCAAGAUUUCAUUAACCUCAAGGGUCGCAUGGAUACCGAGCUCGGAAAGGUCACCAAGCGAAACAACUUUUUGGUUGAGGAGCUCGAGAGCUGGAAGCAACAGUUCCUCAAAUUCCAAGCAUUCGCUGAGCAACUCACCAAGGAAACCUCCGAUCUCAAGGUCAAGAUUGAGAACCACAAACGUGAGAAUAGACGUCUCACAGGUCUCAUUGAUCAGCAAAAAGACGAUGCAGCUCGCCUCAACACGCGCCUGGCUGGUACCGAGAAGCAACGUGAUGAUGCUCUCGAGGCUUUGGUUCUCCAACAAGAAAUUGCGGAGGAGUUGGAGAGAGAGCGUAAGAAGAACAAGAAAGAGAUGUCCGCGCUUCAGCAUACCAAUGUUACUUUGCUUCGUCAACGUGACGAGGCUCAACGUGUCGUUCUCCACCUGCGCAGUUUGAUUGGUGGUCAAGCUCACCACAUGGAGCAUUUGGUUUCUUCUUUGGGCAAGAACCCAGAUUUGGCGGAAUAUAUCGAGGGUGGUUAUGACGAUGAAGAAGGGGAGCUGGACGACAUUGCUGAGGAGGGCAAGGAAGAAAGUGGAAGCAUGCGUAGAGGAUCCUCUCAGCCAAGAUAUCGCAAUGGCGACGAUAUGACUCCGGAAAUGGAAGCUAGACUUCGCAAUGGGUUGAGGAACAGCAAGAGAUACAGCCAAAUGAGCAUUGUUGAUGUUGCCGACCGUCAUCUUAGAGACAAGACCGAUGCCAUCGCCCACAUCAUCCGAAAUAUCAGCGAUCAGUGUGCUGCUGCUGUUGAAGGCCUACAGCUUGCACAUGAUGCGGAAGUCGAGGCUGAAGAGCUCGCUCACAGAACCAUGAGACAACAUCACAGACACAGCAACCUAUCCACUGUCACCGCAAGUGAUGAUGGACAUUCAGCAAUGGGCUCCGAGAUGGGAGAGGAUAGUUUUCUGCACCCCAGUGGCCGCACGUCGAGUAUCCCUCCCACACCUGAUCUCAUCCACAACCGGUCCAGUACGUCCAUGUCGAUCGCCAGCUCAACGACCACGCCUGAGAGAAACAGCCAGCAGUACCACACUGGUGCUGACAUUCCAACCAAGAUCGUUGAGGAUAGCGAGGAGGAAAUCGAGGGAAGAAGCGAAGGUGAACCUGAGAUGACAACAAAAGCAAACCUCCUCCAUCGCCCAGCCGGUGCUCGGAUUUCAGCGUUAGGUGGUCAUUAA